AUGAUCAGAUCAGCAACUCAUGGAAUAUGGAUGACUCUGGCGAACCUUCACAACAUCCUCAUGAUGAGAGUAAAGUGGCCUAUGGUUACGUAUCUCCGUCCCCAUAUGGACCAGUAGGAUACGGCCCUGGCGUUGGGGUAGGUCCAGUGCCAGUUCUUAACGAUGUUCCCGGAUAUGACGAAGGUCAUCCAAUUCCAUUGUCGUCUGGUGUACCACCUGGUAUAUUCGAGGACGAGGUACACCUUCAACGAUUACAAUCCGGUCAUCCAGUCGUUCCUGGAAUGGCAUCGCCCUUGGACGAUGAUCAAAAAUCAAUGAGAUGGAGAGAUCCUAAUUUAUCGGAAGUUAUAGGUUUUCUGAGCAGUUCAGAUAACAUAAUCAAAGCGAAUGCAGCUGCCUAUUUGCAACAUCUUUGUUAUAUGGACGAUCCGAAUAAACAGAAAACACGUAGUUUAGGAGGAAUACCACCCUUAGUGCAAUUAUUAAAUCAUGACGAUCCAGACGUUUAUAGAAAUGCAUGUGGGGCGUUACGAAACUUAUCUUACGGAAGGCAAAACGAUGAGAACAAGAGAGCGAUAAAGAACGCUGGUGGUGUACCCGCUCUAAUUCAUUUGUUGCGUAUGACGCUUGAUGCCGAUGUAAAGGAACUGGUAACCGGAGUACUGUGGAAUUUGUCUUCUUGCGAAGAUUUGAAACGAUCGAUCAUCGACGACGGGGUGACGAUGGUAGUGAAGAAUAUAAUAAUACCUCAUAGCGGUUGGGAUCCAAGUUCUUCGAGCGGUGAAACAUGUUGGUCUACGGUAUUUCGUAAUGCAUCGGGUGUUUUAAGAAACGUCUCUAGUGCUGGAGAAUACGCGAGAAAGAAGUUAAGGGAAUGUGACGGACUUGUGGAUGCCCUUUUAUACGUAGUGCGUUCAGCUAUCGAAAAGUCGAACAUUGGUAAUAAAAUAGUGGAAAAUUGCGUCUGCAUCUUAAGAAAUUUAAGUUAUCGGUGUCAGGAAGUUGAGGACCCGAAUUACGACAAACAUCCGAUACAGUCGGCCGUGCAGAACAGAGUUGCAGCACCGGUGAAAGGUGAAAAUUUGGGUUGCUUUGGUGGUAGUAAAAAGAAGAAGGACGGACAACCGGUUCAAAAGGAGAACGCAACGUCACGCACGACGAGCCCAAGAACGGAACCAGUCAGAGGGAUGGAGUUACUCUGGCAACCGGAAGUCGUUCAGUCUUAUUUAAGCCUUUUACAGACAUGUUCUAAUCCGGAAACAUUAGAAGCUGCGGCAGGAGCAUUGCAGAAUCUCGCCGCUUGUUACUGGCAACCGAGCAUUGAAAUUCGUGCAGCUGUACGGAAGGACAAGGGCCUUCCUAUUUUAGUCGAAUUGUUAAGGAUGGAGGUGGAUCGAGUAGUGUGUGCAGUAGCUACUGCCCUGAGAAAUCUCGCGAUAGAUCAGCGCAAUAAGGAGCUAAUUGGUAAAUAUGCGAUGAGAGAUCUCAUUCAGAAGUUACCCUCGGGAAAUAAUCAGCAUGAUCAGGGGACGAGCGACGAUACGAUAGCAGCAGUGCUUGCGACUUUGAACGAGGUCAUCAAAAAGAACGCCGAAUUUUCACGAUCGUUAUUGGACGCCGGUGGUGUCGACAGGCUUAUGAAUAUAACUCGACAACGUCAAAAAUAUACACCACGUGUUCUCAAGUUUGCAGGACAAGUUCUCUUUACUAUGUGGCAACAUCAGGAAUUACGAGACGUUUAUAAGAAACAUGGUUGGAAGGAACAAGACUUUGUUACGAAAACUGUAGCAGCUCGAAAUUCCGGACCCAAUUCGCCAAAUAAUGCCAACAGCUAUGAUUGUAGCACAUUGAAUCGACCAAUGGCGAGCCAGGGUAGUACGAGAUACGAAGAUCGAACGAUUCAAAGAGCUAAUAUUAAUUCUAAUAACGUUGGACGACCUACUAUUUACCAAUCUCAGCCGAAACCCGGUGAGCCGCUCUACGCGCAAGUUAACUUGGAGAAGAAAAAGAAGCGGCAAUACGAGCUGGGGGUGGGCCAGGGCGGUGGCGGUGGAGGUGGCGGAGGCGGCGCCGGUAGCGGUGGUGGUGGUGGUGGUGGUGGUGUUGGUGUUGGUGUUGGUGUUGGUGGUGUUGGUAUUGGUGGUGUUGGUGUUGUCGGUGGUCAGAAUCAGGGACCGGUCGGUACGGUAUCGAGCGUUACUGGUGGAGCUGGUGGUACGCCAGGUACCACUCAGUGGAUGCCUGAUGGCGUCUCCAUCGGUGUCCAAGAUGGGACAUCAGGAAAUGCGACCGUUAGUAUACCACCAAGUUCAACAGCGGCAUCGGCAGGUGAUUCUUGGGUAUAAAAUGCGUCCUGUAAACUCGCGAAAUUUUUUUCUAACGUCGAUUGGAUUCAAUGAACGGAGGGAUCACAUCGGCAUUUGAACUUUUUCACGUUCGACGACGAUGACAACAAACAAUAACAACAACAACAAUGACUACGACAACUAUGACUACGACUACGACUACGACGACGACGACGAUGACGACUACGAUAAUUACGACUGCUAUUAAUACUAUUACUACCAAUGCUACUAUUACUAUAACUAUUAACUAUUUCUCUUAUUAUGACUACUAUGACUACGAUGCGUUCUUCUUCCUCAAAUUUUUCGUCCUCGUCGUUAUAUCCAUCAUCAUUGUCAUCAUUGUUAUCAUUAUUAUCAUUAUUAUCGUCGUUAUCAUUAUCAUCAUCGUCAUCAUCAUCACCAUCAUCAUUAUCAUCGUCAUCAUCAUCAUCAUCAUCACCACCAUCUUCUUUUACUCCGAGCCUGCUCGUCGUCGAGCUCAGCGAAAUAUAUGUAUGUCUCUACUAUUAUCGGCCAUUGAAGAGCUAGGACGAUUCAAGGAGGAAGAAGCCUUUUCCGUUCUUUCUUCCUCCCUCCCUUGUCUUUCGGCGCUGAGAAAAGGAAAGAAAAAAAAAGGGAAAAGCUUUUGAUAAGCUUUUUUCAACUAUCAAGUACACCAUAACGCUCUUUUAAUUAAUUCAAAUCAGCGACCCCCGUAACUCCUUUUUUCUUUACACUGGAUUGUACACACAUUUAUAUAUAUAUAUAUAUAUAUAUAUAUAUAAACUCUUAUGUGUUAGUGUUCCACAAGAAGGCGAAAAUUUGUUGAGAUACAUAAGCAUGACUUGACAUACAUACAUACAUAUAUAUGUAUAUAUAUAUAUAUAUGUGUUUAUGUAUAUAUAUAUUUAUAUAUAUACGAACUUACGUAUACAAUAACGUAUUAUUAUCAUCGUGUUAUGACAAAUGCGAAAAAGAGGAGAAUUAAAAAAUGCACUUUCUUGCACCCUUUAUUUGAUAUAUGACGUCUAAUAAAUAAAAAAAAAAAAAAAUGGCGACUCGUCCGACCACAUCCGCAGCAAAAAGUAGUCGCACUAAUGGCUCUAAAGAUAUAACAAAUAAACAAACAAACAAACAAAUAAGUAAAUAAAUAAAUAAAUAAAUAUACAAAUAAA